UCAUUUGCUUUUGCUUGAGAGGCAAAGCUCAGAACCAUAGACAGACAGAGAGAGAGCCAACAGAGGUCUGUGCAAGGGUAUGGGAAUAUCAGCAACACUUUCACUAUGUGGGAUACAACAAUGGCAUACCACUAUUUGGGGGAACGCUGGCAAACAUAAUUUGGAAGUCUGUGUUUUUUGAGAGACCGUCAAGUAUAAUCUCCAGUUUUGUGGGGGUCACAACAGAAUUGGCUGAUGCAUGGACCGGUAGCUUGACAUUGGAAUUGCCUUUCAGGGUUUCAAUCAAGUCGUAAGUUAUUCACUCAUAUAGUGUGAUAUUUCAUGUUUUAUUCUUGUUUUUUUCUAUAAAGUAGCAACAGACUUGACAGCUUAUAUUGCUAAGUAAUCAUGAAAGAUAAGGAAUGGACAUUCCUGGACUUUCUUCCAUGAGCCCCUCACUCCUCCCUCAACUCUGCGGCUAAAUCAGAGGUGAGUGAGGGGCAGCAUCAGGUUGAGGACAGGGUGUUCAUGAUGGGGAACGUCAUGCGUGGCGCUGUGGCCUUCAUUCCCUCCGAGCGCUGCCAGCGUUUCCUGGUGGGCGACCUAAAGGAGAUGCCUCUUGAUCGGACACUAGACCUGAGCAAUUUCCAGCUGCGUCGGCUUCCUAUGGCUGCGUGCCUGUUCAAUGAGCUGGUCAAGCUCUACCUGAGUGGCAACAACCUGAACACCCUACCUGCAGACCUGCAGGACCUGAGGAAGCUGCAGCUCUUAGCUUUAGACUUCAACAGUUUCGAAGAGCUGCCUGCGGCGGUGUGUCAGCUACCCCAGCUUAACAUCCUGUAUCUGGGCAACAACAAGCUCUGGAGCCUCCCCCGGGAGCUGAGUGAGUUGAAAGAACUUAAUACCCUUUGGUUGGAGACAAACCGCUUCAUUGAGUUCCCUAAUGUGGUCUGCGACCUCUCCAACCUCAAGACCCUCCAUCUGGGGUACAACCAGAUAAGCAAACUGCCCAUGGAGCUCAGUGGGCUGAAGGAGCUGAGGAGUAUCUGGCUAGCCGGGAACCAGCUGUUUGAGUUCCCGCCAGUGUUGCUUGCCAUGCACUUUCUGACUGUGAUUGAUGUGGACAGCAACAACAUCUGCCGUUUUCCCGGUCUCUCCCACUUGCAGGGGUUAAAACUGGUAAUCUACAACCACAACCCCUGUGUGAACGCACCUGUGGUCGGGGAGGGGGUCAGGAGGGUUGGACGCUGGGCGGACAGCUCAGAUGAUGAAGAGGAUGGUGAGGAUGGGUCGAAAGUGUGUGAGACGCUGACUGCGGUGAAGGAGCUUGCCACAAAGCUUGCCUCAGAGGGAGAAUUGGACACACUACUUGAAAAGGGUCGUGGAAGAAUCUGACCUUCAGCCGUGGAUAGGCUGGAGAACAGGAUGCCAGUCAAGUGGAGCACUUACUGGAGAGCGGCCAUUUGUCUCGGCAUGUUACACAAGCAGACAGGCUUGAUGGUGUUGGCUUCCAAAUAUGGUAAAGCCAAUAAUAUGGAUCUAAACACAGAUGACAAAUAAUAAGCUAUUACAAUUGGUUUUCCAUCAUGAUGAAACAUGGACCUCAUGAAAAGCUCCAGGAGAAAUCUCACAUGAAGUUCUCUAUUACAUAACUGUCUGCAGACUUGAAUGAAAUUGUGGCUAGUUUUUAGUUAAUUUAACAGGUGAUUAUCCAAUUUAAAUAAUUUACGGAGACAUGAAGAAAUUCUACCAGGUGUCCCUAUUCAAUAACUUUUGCUGGGGGCAGUAUACUGUUUGUAUAGCAUUGAGUACAGAGCAAAUUCUCCUGUGUUAAAUCAAUACUGACUGUGUAAAUUUAACACUGGCCAUGGCUACACAGGUCCACACUUUUGAGUGUUAAAUGAACACUGUGCUUAGUGCUGACACUAUUACACUUUGUCAGUGUUAAGGAAUUAAAACUUUCAGUGUUGUGCAAUAACACCGUAUUUUGUAUUUUUACCCAUUGCACCAAGAGUUCAGUAUCUCUUGACAAGGUCACACAGUUGGGUUAAGGACAUUACAAUAAUGUUUCAAGUCUUUAUUGUAACAUGCUCUUAUGUAAGAGUUUAUAAAAACUUCAGAACUGGAAGCACACAUGCUCAAAUGUUUAUUAACAUAACUAUAGACCACUUAAACUAGUACAACGCUUCCACUCACAGGUGGCCAAAAAUACCUAAUUGAAAGCCACGUCCCAAUAAACCACACCUCAAAUAUAAAUUCCCAGUGUGCCUUGCCUUUUCGAGUAAAUUGUAUCCUUAACGCCCAUGACUGUAGUAGUUAGUGACAGAGGCAUCGUUGUUAAAUUAAUUCCUUUUCAGUCCUGUGGACUUCAAGUGGGUUCCUACUGUAGGCAAAUGUUAUCGUUAAAAUUAAACUGUUUAUGACAAUACAUUACAUAUAUCAUAAAGACCUUACUUUGACGGCCAAGUUUUACCCUAACACAGAGGUGUUAGGAACCUCCUGGUUUACAAGCCACAUCAGGCCUGCAAGUCAUAUUAUGCUGGUUUUCUAAAUUAUGUGUAAUUUCUAUUGGAAUCCAGCCAGAGUUAGGACAGCCAACAAUUAAACAUUUUUAUUCACCCGCAUCCUGCGUUAAUAAUGAUUAUCAGGGUUAGGAACAUUGAUAAAAGAGACUACCUAAACCAUUUAAACUGGAACAAUGGGCGCAAUAAAUCUACAUUGAACAAAAAUAUGCAACAUGCAACAAUUUCAAAGAUUUUACUGAGUUACAGUUCAUAUAAGGAAAUCAUUCAAUUGAAAUCAUUGAAUUAAUCUAUGGAUUUCACAUGACUGGGUAUACAGAUAUGCAUCUGUUGGUCACAGAUACUGUAAAAAAAAGGUAGGGGCAUGGAUCAGAAAACUCAUCAAUAUCUGGUGUGACUACAAUUUGCCUCAUGCAGUGACAUCUCCUUCGCAUAGAGUUGAUCAGGCUGGAAUGUUGUCCCAAACCUCUCUAAUGGCUGUGCAAAGUUGCUGGAUAUUGGUGGGAACUGGAACACGCUGCAGUACACGUCGAUCCACAGCAUCCCAAACAUGCUCAAUGAGUGACAUGUCUGGUGACUAUGCAGGCCAUGGAAGAACUGGGACAUUUUCAGCUUUCAGGAAAAGUGUACAGAUCCUUGCGACAUGGGGCCAUGCAUUAUCAUGCUGAAACAUGAGGUGAUGGCGGCAGAUGAAUGGCACGAUAAUGGGUCUCAGGAUCUUGUUACGGUAUCCCUGUGCAUUCAAAUUGCCAUCAACAAAAUGCAAUUGUGUUCAUUGUCUGUAGCUUAUGCCUGCCCAUACCAUAACCCCACCGCCACCAUGGAGCACUGUGUUCACAACAUUGACAUUAGCAAACCGCACACCCACAAGACGCCAUACCUGCUGUCUGCCAUCUGCCUGGUACAGUUCAUGGAUUCAUCCAUGAAGAGCACACUGCUCCAGUGUGUCAGUGGCCAUCGGAAAUGAGCAUUUGUCCACUGAAGUCAGUUAAGAUUCCGAACUGCAGUCAGGUCAAGACUCUGGUGACUACAACGAGCACGCAGAUGAGCUUCCCUGAGACAGUUUCUGACAGUUUGUGAUGAAGUUCUUCUGUUGUUCAAACCCACUGUUUCAUCAGCUGUCCAGGUGGCUGGUCUCAGAUGAUCCCGCAGGUGACAAAGCCAGGUGUUAAGGUCAUGGGCUGGCGUGGUUAUACAUGGUCUGUGGUUGUGAAGCCAAUUCGACAUACUGCCAAAUUCUCUAAAACAACGUUGAGAAAUCAACUUUCAAUUCUCUGGCAACAACUCUGGUGGACAUUCUUGCAGUUAGCCUGCUAAUUGCAACUGUGCAAAACUUGAACGAUCUGGGGCAUUGUGUCGUGUGACAAAACUGCACAUUUUAGAGUAGACUUUUAUUGUCACCAGCACAAGGUAAACCUCUGUAAAGAUCAUGCUGUUUAAUCAGCUUCUUGAUAUGCCACCCCGGUCAGGUGGAUGGAUUCAUUUAGAUUUUUUAAAUGUUAUUUAUCUUUAUGUAGCAUAAGAUGAAUCAAUCAACGUACAUGCAAAAACACAGAUAUGAAAAACAAUUGUGAGAAAAUCUAACUGCAGUAGAGUAAGCAUGAAAAUAUUAUAAUGAUGGGCAUGGUUUUGAUGGGAAUGUUUUACUCUCCACAGAGUAAAACUGACACAAUCACACUCUCAUAUUCAACACUUUUUAUUAACACCACCACCGGGGGUUCUGUUACACCAAUGAGUGUUAAAUUCACUCUUAGAAAGUUAAAUGAACUCCUGAAUCAACACUAGAAAUGUUACACUGAAAAAUCAACACUUGGUAACACUGGUCAAUUUGCUGUGUAGAUAUUAUUUUCAUGAAAGGAUUGUAUACAGAUAUUGUCGUCAUAGGCUCUUGCAGAGCAGUGUUGACACUUCUUUGUUAUCAGAAUUUACAUAGACCUACUUCAUUUUCCAAAUUUCUUGAGAAUAUGAAAUACUGUCUCAACCUGCCAAGCCUUAUUUCGGUGAGGUGAUUAACAUCUUUGAUAUAUGUUUAAAGUCAAGCUACAUCUUUCAUCCAGAAUGAUGCAUCAUUUAGGUUAUAUGACAGGUAGGGCCGUAGAUUUGAUUUAAAGGUGUUUAAUGGGUUUUUAAUAUUAUCACAGGAGCUUCUUACCUACAAUAAAAACACAGCUGUAUCAGACUAGCUAAAGAAAUGACACACAGGUUCAAUAUUGUGCUACCUGAGAGAACACUAUAAACCCCAAUGUGCUGUCGUUACUCAAAACAUUGGAGGAAACCUCUUGCACUUAAUAUAUCUCAGUACAGUUACUUAAAGUGAUUUUGUAGUCGUUACUCAAACCAAUAGAGUCACUGUGACCCUGUAGGCAGUCCAGAUUUGAAGAUUUAUCAGCUUGAACAUUUUGAGUAAUGUCCCCACUUAAGGCCAUAUUCCAACUUCGAGAUAUGAAAUGAGUCUGAGAAGCUGUGGCGAAAGAGCCCACUGUGCACAGAUGUCAAUUCAACAUCUAUUCCACUUUGGUUCAAUGUAAUUUUGUUGAAAUUACGUGGAAACCACAUUGAUUCAACCAGUGUGUUCCCAGUGGGAGAUUUCUACUUUUCAAUUCACAUUACAUCCUUGCCUUACCUUUCGUUGUGGCUGGCAAUGCAACAUUCUUGGUCACAGUACCCACUAUAGCCAGUAAACACAAUUAUUCAACAAUGACAGAAACCUUUCUUCUAAAACACAUUACACUAUUCAAUAAUGCAGAAAUUCUCAAGCAUGUGGAGACACAGUUGUGUUUGUUUUCUGGUCUGUAGGCUACACAUGACAUUUUAGCUUCAAGACAAAAGCACAGAGUUGCUAACAGAAUGUCUUCAAGUAACAUUAGUUUAUCAAAAAUUAACAAUUAACCUUCUCAUACGAAUAUAAAACUACACUGGGUCUACCUGAGGUUAACACAAGCUUAGGAGAUCGUAUCUGUUUUGUUCUAUGAGAUAAUAGCAGUCAGUUAACCCUACAAAACAACUAUACAUUUUCCCAUUGGCGAAA